AUGUUAAUAUCCUUGCACUACAUGCUUUUAAGCCAAUAAUGUAAAAUUUAGUUUACGUUUUUUGUAUAUUCAUUUUUUUUUUACAUUAAGUUUUCAUGCAGAAGUUGCUAAUAAGGUUUCUAUCUAAAAGAUUACUCCUGCGUAACAUCUUGUCCUCCCUUAAAAUACCAGUAAUUAUCUAAAUUAGGAAUUUGUAAACCUUGCCCAUUCCCAUGUGAUGAAUGUACUCUAGACGGUUAAUCCUGUUUAACAUGCUAAGCAGGAUAUGUAUUAACAAUGGCUAGAUAAUGCUAAUUGUCAUGCUGGGAGUAAUAAUAUGUUGAUUAAAAUAAUGUUUGUUAAUCUUGUGAUACUAGCUGUUUAUCUUGCAGCGGCCCUAAAAAUACAGACUGUACAUAGUGCAAUCUUGGAUACUUUAAAGAAGCAUAAUCUGGUGCUUGCUUACCUUGUAAUCCAUUAUGUCUAUAAUGCACUGAUCAAACCAAUUUAUCCUGCAGUCUGUGCUAGUAUGGUGUGAUAUUUUAUAAUAAUUCUAUUUGCACUUUGGAUUGCUCUGAGAUACCAGGUACUUAUGCUUAUGAUGAUAGUUGUUUACCAUGCAAUAGCUAAUGCAAAAGUUGUGAUGGACCAGAUUUUUCUGAUUGCUUAGUUUGCUAAGAUGGUUUUACUUUACUUAAUAAUCUUUGUGUACCAUGUGACAGUAAAUGUCUCAGAUGCUUUGGUACUACAUCUGAGUAAUGCUAUUCUUGCACAGAUGGAUAUGUUUUAUAAGAAAAAUCUUGUGUCUUAUCAUGUAAUCCUGGAUAUUACUUGUAGAAUAAAAUUUGUAAAUAAUGUAAUUAAGCAUGCAGUUUAUGUUUUGGCCCUUAAAAUAAUUAAUGUACAGCAUGUAGCUAAGGUUUUUAUUUUAAAAAUAAUUUAUGUCUCCCUUGCCAUCCUUUCUGCUAAAAUUGCUUUGGUCCAAAUCAAGAUAACUGUUUAUUUUGCAAUCCUGGAAGUUUUUUAAUGAGGACUUAAUGCUAUAGUAAUUAGUAAGGAGGCUGUCCUAAAGGAUAUUAUGGAAAUAUGUAAACAGGGCUAUGCUCCUUAUGUGACCCUUCAUGCUUGGCAUGCUAAGGAUCCUCCCCAAAUGUAUGUUUGUCUUGCCCGUAGGGAAGUUAUAUGACUUAGCUAUUUUAUGAUAUCUCCGGAAAUACUUUACCUUCAAGCUGUUCUCCUUGUCCUUCAGUUUGUUAGAUUUGUACCUCAGCAACAUUAUGUAUUUAAUGCCAACCAAAUUAUUUUCUUUAUAUGAAUACUUGCCUCUCAACUUGUCCAAAUGGAUUUUAUGGAAGUAAUGUUACUGGAAUGUGCACGCCUUGCGGCAAUAAUUGCACAACGUGCUCAGGUUUUAAUAGUCUUGGUAAUUUUAUUUGUAACUCGUGUACUACUAGCUAUUAUUUAGAUUCAAACUUUUAAUGUUAGUAAUGUAGUGCUGGAUGUGUAUUAUGUAAAUCUCAAACUGUAUGUAUUAAAUGUCUCUAAGGGUACUACAAUUAUCAGGGAUUUUGUCUUACUUAAUGCCCAGUUGGAUAUUAUGCUUCAGAUUCAACAUAAUCUUGUGUUUAAUGUGUUAAACCAUGCUCACUCUGUACUUCAUCUACUAUGUGCUAAGCUUGUCAAAUAGGAUAUUACUUACAGUCAAAUUAUAAUUCGUCAAAAGUAUUAGUUUCUUCAUCUUGCAUGAUGUGUAAUAAUGUUUGCAAUGAUUGUAGUGCAGGAACUGCAUCUGACUGUAUGAGUUGUAAGUCACCACUUUCAUUGCAGGGUAAUUAAUGUUAAUAACAGUGUAACAUAGGAUAUUACAGUAAUUAAGGCAUAUGCCUUUUAUGCAGUCAAAAUUGUCUUUAAUGUACAUCUGCUUCUUACUGUACUGUCUGUGCAUAAGGAUAUAUUUCUAUUCAAGGAGUAUGCCAGCUGUGUAACUUUAAAUGUUCGAGUUGCUUUGGUUUAAAUGAAACGUAGUGCUAUUCAUGCGUAUCUCCAUAUUACUUGUAUUAGUCUACUUGCUAAUUAACUUGCCCUGAUCAAUUCUUUAAGCAAACCUUAACAGAUAGCUAAAAUGUAUAGCAUAAUAUAUGUUAAAAAUGUAGCAGUUCUUGUUUUAACUGUUUUGGGAUAGGUGAUAAUUAAUGUACAUCAUGCCUAACUGGAUAUUAUGUGACUUCAUCUAAAACUUGCUCUUAAUGUUCUUAACUUUGCAACACUUGCUCUCAAGAUAGUACAUUAUGCACAUCAUGUCCUCUAGGGUAAUUUUUGUAUAACUAAACAUGUGUUUAAACAUGCCCACCUGGUUUUUAUGGCAGUGAUUAAGAUAAUAAAUGUCAUUAAUGCAAUUCUCCCUGUAGUACAUGUACUGGUCCAGGAGUAAAUUAAUGCUCAAGUUGUUUACAGUCCUACUUUUACAGCUAAGGGUAAUGUCUUCCUUGUCACCCUAAUUGCAAAACCUGUUACGGAUUCUUAUAGAAUCAAUGCUACACUUGCUAAUUGGGUAUGCAAUAGUAAAGUAACACAUGUACUUCUUGUGGAGAUGGAAACUAUUAUGACAGCUUGCUAAAUUCUUGUUAAUAAUGUAAUCCAGUAUGUUUAACUUGCUAUGGAGCUAGUUCAUCGAACUGUUUAAGCUGCCAAUCAGGUAAAUAUUUAUACCAAUCUACUUGUAACAUUUGUCCUUCAAGCUGCUCAAGCUGUUCAAGCUAAAACAUGUGUACCAGUUGUGCAAACAACUUUUAUUUACUAGCAUUAAGUUCAUCAAAUCAGAUAUGCGUUUAGAGUUGUCCUUAAGGAAUGGUUGAAAAUUUAAAUUAGCAAUGCUAAUGCUCUAAUAAUUGCAAUUUAUGCACAAUAGACCCUGACUCGUUAUUAGUAACAUGCACGAAAUGCUCAGCAUAAAAUUUUGUGAUAGAUUUGUUUACUUAAGGUAAUUAAUUUGCUUGCAUAGAUGGCACUACUUGUUAAGGUUUUUUAGACAUUUAAUCAAAUUCUUGUGUUUAAUCUUGUUCCUCAACAACUCCAUUUGUUGAUUUCGUUGCAAAGUAAUGCAUUCAAAACUCAUGCCCAUAAAAUACGGUAAUAUUAUAUAUUUCAGGUUAAGGCUAGUGUCUUAGCGCAUGUCCUAAAGGUUACUACGCAAACAAUUAAUAAAUAUGUUCUCCCUGUCAUCCAUUAUGCUCAAAGUGCACAGGCCCUUAGCCUAAUUAAUGCUAAGAAUGUGUCUAAAAAAUAUUUUAUCAUCCAGUAAUUUCAACCUGCUCUGAUAGCUGCUUAAUAGGAUAUAAUUUAGAUUCUGUAUCAGGCUAUUGUGUAGUAUGCUAUAAUUUUUGCAAAGCUUGCAUAUCAAAUCUAGUAUUAUUCAAUGGAUUAUGUCUUGAAGAAUGCCCAGUAGGUUACACUCAAACAGCAUCAAUGACAUGCGUUGAAAGCAGCAAUGAGGUAGUUAAAAUCCUUAAUAGUUUUAAUUCUGCUAUAGGAAUUACCAAAGACGUUGUGUUACAAGCAAGUUUAUUUGUUUUAGGACCUAUUAAAUCUAUAGAAUGGGUGUUAAAAAAAUGUACUGAUGCAUAAUUCUAAGCUAGCUUUGACAUACUUACCAUAAAUACGCUAACAUUAACUAUUCCCUUCCUUGCAUUGAAAUCUAGUUAAUCUUAUACUUUCAGGAUUGAAGUAAUCUUAGCUUCAAAUGAAAUACUCAAUGAUGAAGUUAGCUUUAUGACUGCAGGUGAAAUUAUAGCUGGUAGCUUUAUUGUCAACCCAACUUCUGGAACAGCUGGAUCAGAUAUUUUCUAAAUUAGUAUCUAGAACUACAAAUUUCCAUAGCCUUUGCUUUUUGAUAUAAGUUACUUUGUGCUGUAAGUGUAAUUCUCAAACACUAUAGCAGAUGAUGGCUCAAUUUAGAAAUAAACAAAUCCUAGCUUUGUUAAAGUAGGAUUAGUAUAAAUUUAUGAAUCGAUUCCUUUCAAUUAAACAUAAGCAAGUCUUUUAACGUAUUAGUUUCCCAUUUAUUAUGAAUCUGAUUAAAAUAUAGCUUGUGAAAUUAAGAUAUAUAGUGCAGAUGGAAGUUCUGAGAGAUACGAUUAUUCGAUUAUAACUUUGAAGAAGACAGUAAAAGUUGAUCAAAGUAUUUUCAAAUUUAAUUCUUAAAAUGUGUUUGAUUCAAUAAGUUUUUUGAAUUACAUUUUAAAUAUCAGAGAGUCAUUUGUAAUAGAUUCUAAAAAAUUGAAAGCACUAUAAUAAAAUAAUAACAUUAACAUGCAAAUAGCUUUAUCAAAUAAGAAAACUUAUAAUUAAAAUGCAUAAUGUGACCCAGAUAUUGAUUGCUUUGGUUAAGGCUCAUGUGUGAUGUCAUUAAAUUUAUAUUCUUGCUAAUGUCUUGAAGGUUACUUAGGUGUAAAUUGUUAAUGGUAGCAGAGUGAUUAUAUCUUUUUAUAAGCCAAUAUACCAUAAUAUAUUUAAUAUAUACUAUCUUAAAAUACAACUAAAUAUUCUAGUAUAAUAGUAGCAUAAGCAAUAGGAAAUGUUUUUUAUUAUUCAGAUUUUAAUGAUGAAGCUAUCUAAUUAGCAAAUGUAUUUAUUAGUAUUCUCACUUCUAGCCUGAAUAAUGUUUUAGAUUAGAUACAGAUUUAAAUAUAUUAGACAAUUUGUUAAAAUUUAAUAACUAUUUUGUAAAACACCCAAGCUUAACAGGCUUCAUCCUAAAUUUAACAGCUACAAGUCCUAAAUUAAAAUAUUUAAUCUGCAACAUUUUAAAAUAUAAAUAUGGGAGAAUCUCUUACAUAACAGAGUGAUACUAGUGAUUCAGCAGCAAUACCAUUAAGCCUUUAGAUGAUAAAUACAUCAAACACCAAUGUAAAUGGAUCAACUCCUUAAGGCAGAAGACAGCUUAGAAGAUUAUAAAAAUUGUAAAAAAUAAGAUUAUUACAAUCCUCUUCUGAUUCAAACUCAGCCAUACCAGUAGUUUUUAGAAGUCUAACAGUUUAAAUACCUCCACAAGUAAUUGAUACUUCAAAGAAAGUUAUAGUUUCUGGAUCUAGCUUUAAGGUAGACCCCAGAGCUAACCCAUUUGCUGUCACAACUACUCUUUCUCUCUCUUUAGGAGGCAAUGGUGGUGCUUAAAGCGUAUCAGACGCUCCAAAACCUAUUGUAAUGACAAUUCCAAAAAAAGUUCCAUCUCCUCCUGGCUUGAAUACAGAUGCUAUUUAGUGUACCUACUAUGAUGAAGAAACCAACUCAUAUAAAUCUGAUGGCUGCACUUUAGUUAAAGAAACAAUAACUUCAAUUAUUUGUUCAUGCACCCAUUUAACGGAUUUUAGUGCUGCUCUUUAGCCUUAGUCCAUAAAAAGCGUAAUUAAUUUAAGUGAUAUGAAAGAAGCUUAAAAAGUUGGAAAUUCUUUACUUUCUGCUUCAAAUCCUGCUGUCAUAACUAUUUCGAAUUUACCUACUCCAAAAAUAGGAUAAAGAAAUGUUAAUUUAGUAAACGCCGUUAAUAUUUAAUUAAGCGGAGGUGUUUUAAAUGUAUUGGCUAAACAAACUUUUAUUGUUACUUAGGAUGGAGAAAACUACUCAACUUAUAGCAUGUGGGAUUACAUUCAAUAGGAUUCUGUUUAAAAUUUGAUUUCUAGUUUAUCAAACAAUGAUGAGGAUACAGUGUCUUAAUCAUCAAAUAGAUAACUAGGCUAAAUAAUAAUAAUUGGAGUAUUAGUGGUAGGAGUUUUUUUUAAGACAGGAAUCAGAGCAAGUUUUAAAUUUAAAUUUUUAGAUGAUGAUGAAGCUCCUGCAGAAAUGAUUUUAAAUAAUAUUCAUAAAAAUGUUAAAAAUGGCAAUUAAUAAGAUGAACAAAAUAAUGAUUAAGAGAAAGAUAUUUAAUUUUAUAAAGAAAAAGAUAAAGAAUAUGAUUUCUCAAUCACUCAGUCUCAUAAUAAUAUUAAAUCAAAAAGUAAUCCGAAUACACCUAAAGAUUUAGUUAAAAUUUCAAUAUAAGAUGAAGUUGCUGAAACACUUUCUAAUUUCUCGCCAGCACAUGGUUAAGGUAGAGUGAAAUUAACUAGAAAAGCUAUUGAUGAAGUAACAAAAAAGGCAUUGCAACUUAAAAAAAAAUACGAAUAAGAAUAAAAACUUCUUAAAAUUAUUGAGAAAAAUCAAGAAGCAAAUAGUCAAGAAAAUUAGAGUAAUAUUCUAGAUUUACAAUCUUAAAUUAAAUAAGAAUAAGAAAAAAUGUUUGAAAGUUAAAAUCUUUCACCAAAAAAAUUGCAAAAAAGUCCAUUUACUCCUUUUAAAAAGUCUUAGUUUGUUAAAUAAACAAUUGACCAGAGCCCAAAUAAUUAAAAUAAUUCUAAUACUUCUAGAAAUAAAAGCAAUUCUCAAAACAAAUUUUCUAAAUUCUCUGAAAAAAUAGCAGAAAUUUAAGAUCAAUAAUCACCAUAAAGAAAUGAAAAAAAAUAUAAGAUAGAUAGCUAACCGAGAAUGGUUUUCUAAAAAGUUAACUUAGUUAUAUAGGAAUAAGACUUGUAAAGUAUUGAUUCUACUAAUUAACAAUAAUAAAAGAAAAAGAAAGGAAAAAAAUCUAAAUCGAAGGCAAAAAAUAUUAAAAAGAAUGAAAAAAUAGAAAAAGAUGAUAAAAAUGAGGAGAUAAUGUUGACUACAGAAGCAAAUGAUGAUUAAGGUCUUAUAAAAGAUAAAUUUGUUAAAUAGCAAGCUUCUCCAAAUUCAGCAAAUGUUGUUAAAAAGUCAAAAUUUUGCAACUAAAGCACACUUUUCAAUUAAAAAUCUAAAAGUCCUCAUUUAGUUAAAUCAAUAAAUCUCAAAAGUUAAUAAAACAGCCCAAGAUCUAAGCAUAAUAUAAAAAAUUCUCCAUAAUCAACAAAUAAAAUAGAGAAUAAAAUAUCUAAUUUUUCAAACUAAUUAAAAAUUUAAGGAUUGAGAGAAAGCAACUUACAAAUGAACUUAAGUCAAUAAUAGCAGUAAGAGAUAAAAGAAAAGAAUGAAUUGAUAGAAAAUGAAUUAGCUAUCCUAAAAAUGAGAGAAAAUGUAUAAAAAUAAAAACAAAAAAUUUCUUCUAACAAUAUAAAUCCUAUUUAUUCUAUUUUCCAUGCCAAAGACACACUAUUUUAGACCAAAAUGUCUAGGAUAAUUUAUGUUUAUAUAACAUUUUAUGGAUAUCUAGCUUUCGAUUUUUAUAUAUAUAAAUGGUGCUCUGAGCAUACUCCAAAUCAACCAUUUAUAAAUUAUCUUUUCUACUUUAAUCCAGCAAGAAUACUGCUAAUAAUUAUGCUAUCAAAUAUUGUCAGUCAUACUUUCUUUGGAUUUUUGAAUUAAAUAUUUAGCUCCUUUAUAAGAUAACAAGACUAUGAAUUGAUAAACACUAAAAUCCUAAACAGACUUCGCGCAUAACAUUUAACAUGCUAUAUAUUUAUCUUUUUAUGCUUAUUUGCCAUCUACUCUAGCACAGUGAAUUCUUUUGCAUAGACUUAGUAUUUUACUGUUAAUUAAAUAUAGGAUAUUAUAAUUGAAGUUGUAGGUGCUUUCCUCAUUGAUAUAUUUAUUUUUGAUCUAUUUUUAGUAAUUUUUCAUUCAGGAUUUGUUAGCACUCUACCAGAAGAAAUACCUUUCAAAAGAAAUUUUGAAAUAUUCUAAUCUCAAAGAGGAUUUUUUUAUACUCAAAAUACAGAGCAUCCAAAAGUAAUGGAUAUCAUAAUUUGA